GUUUGAACAAAGCAGUUCGAGUGACGAUGAGGAUGUACCAAGGUUUAGCGAAAUACCAAGAACUUCGACGCAAAGUUCUUCGAUUGUAGAAUAUAGACCUAGACAAAGCAGUUUCAGUGACGGUGGGAGUGUACCAAAAUUGACCAUUGCAAAGUUUGUCUUCACAAUCAUCAUCUUCGUUUGCUGGUCUACAUUAUCAAUAGCAAACGUUGAUCACUUUGCCAUAGAAAAUUACGUGAACAAAUCGCGUGAACUUCUAUGUAAUAAUAUUUCUUUAGACUUCUCAAACAUUGCGAUCUCUGAAAUAAAGCGGGAUUUCAUCAACAGUCCUUCGAUUACCUGUCUCAAUCUUUCGAGCAAUAGUAUUGAGAAAAUUGAUAGAGGUGCCUUCGAUGGAUUACCAAAUUUAACUCAAUUGUUUCUUUCAAACAAUAACUGGAGCUACUCACGUGACCUUCUUAACUUUGGAAGUCAUGAUAAGUUGCAAGUGCUUAUUAUGAAUGGUGCAAAGAUCUGUGGUCUCAACGACGGCUAUCAUAAAUCAUGUCUACAGAUUACCGGCGAAUAUCUUAACUUAGAAAUUUUAUCUCUAAGUAAACAUUGUAUCAAGAAUGUAGAAUAUAAUUUAGAUCCCGAUUUGAUUAGUAGCAUAUCUUCGGUUGAAAGCUGGGUGCCAUUCCCCAAGUUAAAAAUCCUGGAUCUCUCCGAAAACAAGCUGGUAAGGUCCAAUUUUGUACGAACAUUGCCGAACAGCUUAUACUUUCUUGAUCUUCAUGACAAUUUGUUUGAACGUUUAAACUUAAACGAAAAAGGAAAGAAAUUGUUUGCGCUAAAUUUGGAUAAGAAUAAUUUUAACAUGAUUAACAAUCAACACGAUUAUUCAACAUCGUCUUUAUCGAUGGCUGGUUUGAAGAAUCUGCACUAUCUUUCUGUUUACAGAAACAAGAUUAAUAUUAUCACAGCAGAUGCUUUCAAAGACAAUAACGAAUUGCUCUUUUUGAACUUAUCCACAAAUUACUUAUAUGGGACACAUCCGGAAACAUUUUCAAAUUUGCAGUAUUUAAAAACACUUGAUCUGAGUAGAAACCUAAUCGUGCAUGUUCCAGAAAUUUCAAUAAAAACAGAAAUUAGUACUUUACAUAUUAAUAACAACUACAUAUUUAAAAUAAACUCGCAUGCUUUCACGCAUAUGCCAAAAUUAGUUAAAUUAUUAAUGGCAGAGAAUAAGAUUAUGGAAAUCAAAGUUAAUGCGUUUGCUCAUCUUACUGUCCUAGAAGAAUUAGAUUUGUCGAGAAAUAUGUUAAGCUCUUUACCGAAAGGGUGGACGGAAUCCCUUGUAUCUUUGAAAUAUUUGGAUUUAAGAGAAAAUAAAUUCACUUCACUGGAGUCUUUGCCUCUAACGAAUACGUGGCCAUCGAUAAAAAUAUUAUAUUUAAUGAAUAAUCCAUUAAAAUAUCUGAAUGUUAAAUAUUUUGAGAAUUUACCGCAGAAUCUUACUAUUGACUUGAUAAAUAAUUCAAAUUUUACAACUUACAUAAACGAUACAUUGCCAUACCCAACUUACCUGUACAGCGAACCGGCCCGAAAAGUACUUGAUACGGAAGGUGGGGAAAUGUAA